CCAUAGCCUAACUGAGCUGUAGGUUCAGAGUAGUACCAGAGGUGAGUCAUGGGAUGGCAAUGAGGUCAUAAAAUGAGGCUCAGGUUCAGUCAUUAACAGUAACACGAGAAGGCAAAACUGAAAAGGAGAGGAAAGGGUGGCAGGUGUACAGUAUCAGGCAUUAGGGUGUGUGGGAAUGGGCAGGUAUUUGGUGCCAGGCCCCACUUCAACAGAAGCCGCAGGAGCUGCUGGGGAGAUAUGCUGCUUAGUAGCUAGGAUCUGAAAGCUCACAAUCACCUCCUACUAUCAAAAAGUAAGGAGCCAGGCCACUUCCUCACAAGGUCAACUGCUCGUACACUUUCCCUUCAUCUUACUUCACUCUCGAGAGCUCUUUUUAGACGACACAGUCAAGACAGACCGGCAGCUUGCGCAGCCUCCAGAAGGCCACCACCCUAAGAACCCUGGACCUCAAGUGAUGGGGCGCUGACCUGAAUUUCUUCUGAGACCAGAACUAUGAGUUCAAAACCAGAGGGGGCUUAGCUCAGCCUGACCGAGGAGCCAGCCUCGGGGUCCGGUCCCCAUCAAGUUCCCGGGGUAGGAAGGACUCCGCUCCGCCCUCCGAGAAGGCGCUUCCGGAAGGGGCGGGCUCUGCUCCGGGUCGCGGGGCGGCCGCCGCUAUGGCUGCUCGAGGGGUCGUGGGCAUUUUCUUGCUCUCUGCGCUCCCCCUUUUGUGUCUGGAGCUCCGGCGUGGGAUCCCGGACUUAGGAAUUAAAGAUCUCUUCAUGCUGUGUGGCCGAGUUUUCUUGCUGCUUGCUCUCCUUACUUUAAUUAUUUCCAUGGCUAACUCAUUGAUUAACUCAUUUAAAUCUUCCCAAGCUUAUCUGAAAGAAGAAGAAGAGAAGAAUGAGGAAAGACAAAAACUUGUGAGGAAAAAACAACAAGAGGCACAGGGUGAAAAGGCCAGCAGAUACAUAGAGAAUGUUUUAAAACCUCACCAGGAAAUGAGAUUGAAAAAACUGGAAGAGCACUUUUAUCAAAUGACGGGUGAAACCUGGAAGUUAAGCGGCGGUCACAAACUUGGGGGUGAUGAAGAAUUGGUGCUUGAAAACACAAGUCAGACAUCUUUUGAAACAACCAACAGACAAGCUGCAAAGAGGCGGAACUUGCCCAAGAUUCUAACCGAAGCUGAAGAUUCGACAUCUGCUGAACAGCCCUCCCAGAAACAGGUUCCUGAUUUACCUGAAGAACCUUCUGAAACAACUGAAGAAGUAGUUACUGUUGCUCUCCGAUGUCUAGGUGGGAAAGUCCUGAGGAGAAGGUUUUUUAAGUCUUGGAGUUCACAGGUCUUACUUGACUGGAUGAUGAAAAUUGGGUACCAUACAUCCCUAUAUGGCCUUUCCACAUCCUUUCCCAGAAGGCCACUAGAAGUGGAGCGAGAUAGGUCACUGGCGGAUAUAGGAAUAACCGUGGAUACUGUACUUAAUGUGGAAGAGAAAGAGCAGAGCAACUAGUAAAGAAAUGAAAACUACCUGUUCUACUUAAAAUCAGUUAUGCCAUGACCUUGACAGGACAAUAAAGGAUCCACGUUAAAAUCAUGCCAUACCUUGAUUGAGCUCAAGGCAGUGAACACUAAUGUUGUUAUCCAUGGAAAAAUAAUUGACAUAAAAUUUAAAAAAGAAUUGUUCUCUUUAUAUCAUGAUUUGUAGAAUGUGCCAUCUAUAAUGUACUGAAUAAGGUAAAAAAAUGUAUAUUAUAAGGGACAUAAUAAUUUAUAUUUUCCCACUUCAUAUCAUUUCUCAGUAUGUUAAAAACAGAGUUACGAAACAUUGUGCUGUGAAUGGAUAAUUAUGAAUGUAAUGCAUUCCACUAUUGUCAUGUAUGUAAAGAAAUUUUAAAAAAUCAAUUAAAAACUUAAAAAAAAAAAAAAAAAAC